UUUUGUUGAUGGGGGUUGGGAGUUGUUCCAUGAAAUGGUGGGAUGUGGUCUCAAGCCAAAUGUGGUUACUUUCAAUAUGAUGAUCAGCUGGUACUGUAAAAACUCUGAUGUGGAUUCUGCUUUGAGGCUUCUUGACACAAUGAAGAGUUAUGGUGUGAGCCCAAAUCUGCAUUGCUAUACUGCAGUGAUGAUCGCACUUUGCAAGGCGAAGAGAUUGGUGGAGGUCGAGAAGUGGUUUGAGAAGAUGCUUGACUGUGGCCUCAUCCCUGAUGACCUUAUGUUUCAGUUGCUGAUUAAGAAUCUUCCAUUUGAUCAUAAGCCUUGGAUGACGGGCAAUGUUUUGGAUCAUCUGUCCAGGAAUGGUUGCAAUAUCAACAUUUCGAGGUUUGUCAGAUUCUGUACUUCUGAUUCAGACGAGGAAUUGCAGCGGGAAGUCACUCUUCUUUUUGCUGAGAUAGCAGGAAGCAAGAUAAUCCCAUUGAAAGUGGUUCUCCAUAUUUUGUUAGGAUCUGUGUGCUCACGGGGUAAGUUUAACAUUGCUUCUCUCUUGUUGCAAAAUAUGGUUGAUCAUGGAUCUGCGCCUUCAAUUUCUCAUUAUAAUUUCUUAAUAAAAUGUUUGUGCAAGAAGGAUAGAAUAGAGGAUGCUUACUCUCUUUUAUGUCUUAUGAGAAGUAGAGGUGUGCAUCCUAAUCUGGCUACACAUUCAAUUGUUAUAAAUUUUCACUGCAAGCGCGGAGACAUAGAUUUAGCAUUGAGAGUUUUUGAUGAGAUGAUACAGCAUGGUUUUAGGCCUCCUGUUGAUGUUUAUAAGUCAAUCAUAAGAUCUUUGUGCAAAGCAGAGAGGAUGGUGGAAUCUGAGCUCACCUUUGACAGGAUGCUACAGGCAGGGGUCAUGCCACAUGAAUGGAUCUACACUGCACUCAUCAACGGUUAUUCAAAGAUGGGAAAGAUUGUUGAUGCUCGAUAUCUGUUUGAUGAGAUGGUCUAUCGUGAUAUUCAACCUUGUUCCCAUGCUUACCGUGCUCUUAUUAAUGGACUGGUAAAGGCUAACAUGUUUAGAAUGGCUGGCAAAUUUCUGCAUAUGAUGCUGGAGGAUGGUUUUGUGCCAAACACAGUCCUUUACAAUAUGCUCAUAAACCAUUUCCUUAAGAAAGGGGAUAUUCGCUUUGGACUAGAUCUAUUUGCAUUGAUGGUGAGGAACCAGGUUGAACCUGAUCUUAUCACAUUUGUGGCGAUAAUCAGUGGUAUAUGCAGAAAUGUCUUGCGGCAUGAAAAUAUGGAUUUUUCUUUAGCUGCAAAAUUGGAGGAAGCAAAGUGCUUACUUUUUAAGUUGUUGUCACGAAAUUCUAUUGCUCCAGGAAAGCUAACUCAAAAUAUCCGAUGUGCAACUACUGAAGAAAAAAUUGAGCUAGCUAGGGAGCAUAUGCUACUUCUUCUUGAUGUUGGCUUGGUUCCGAAUUUGCAUAUUUACAAUGGGAUGAUUAAUGGGUUUUGCCGAGCUAAUAUGAGAAACAAUGUUAAUGCCCUCAUAGAUUCUAUGGACAAAGCCGGUGUUGUUGUUAACCAAGUAACAUGUGACAUCUUAAUGAAUGCCCAUAUCAAUUCUGGUGAAAUUGAUCGUGCGACAGACUUAUUUAACCAGAUGAACAGGAUUGGUUGCAUGGCUAAUAAUGUUAGUCUUGAUACACUUUUAAAAGGUUAUUCAAUUGCUGAAAGAGGGAUGGAGGCAUUAUCUAUUUUUCACAUGAUGCGAAAUAGAGGGUUUUUCCCUAGCAAAUCUUCAUGUUAUAGAUUACUUGACUGCCUCUAUCAAAGUCAUGCUAGUGAUCUUGCAUUUAGGCUAUUUGAGGAAAUGGUCUCACUUGGCUAUACACCACAGCAUGAUGAAUAUAACAAAUUGCUCUUCAUGCUCUUGGAAGAGGAAAGUUUGGAGGCAGCUCACAAAACCUUCGACAUGAUGCUUAAGAGAGGGAAAACUCCAGAUAAUGAGGCAAAGAAACAGCUGCUAAAUGUUUGUUAUAAACAUGGAGAAUAUGAUCUGGCUUUUGUGAUUGACAAAAAUAUACCAGUUUAUGAGGUUCUGCCUGAAGGUUGAGCACCCUUUUCCGGUGCUUAAAUGAUGUACUACACAUAUGUAUGGUAGAACAUAGGUUUCUUUUGUAUUUUGCCUCACGG